AUGUCGUUCCAAUCUGGUCGCUGGGCGGUGCCGACUCCAACGCGGGCUCUCGCUGCUGUGUCGCUCAUCGUACUCUCUCUCCUGGCUUUGGCUCAGCUCCAGGUCGGCCCAAACAAGAGCAGGUAUGCUGCCAGAUCCGAGAACCUCGAACAAGCGGACAAACCCUUCCUUUCCAAGGCCCGAGCCACCACAGCUGGCGACAAAUACCUCAUCGGCGUGGGCAAAGCCGACAUCACAGGUCCGGUGGUCGAGAUCAACUUUGCCGGCUAUGCCAACCUCGAGCAGGUUGGCUCGGGCUUGCGCCAGCGCAUCUAUGCUCGUUCCUUCAUCAUCGGGGAAGUCAGCACCAAUAAUCGCUUCGUCUAUGUUGUUCUCGAUACCCAGUCGGGAGACACCGCAGUUCGAAACGGCAUUCUGGAGGGUCUGGCAUCCUUGGGAUCUGGCUAUGCCAUGUACGGGCGGGCGAAUGUCGCUGUGACGGGCACCCACUCCCACAGCGGACCAGGGGGCUGGUUCAACUACCUCCUGCCGCAGCUCACGAGCCUGGGCUUCGACCGUCAAGGUUAUCAAGCCAUCGUCGACGGUGCAGUUUUGUCCAUCAAGAGAGCGCACGAGUCUCUCCAGGAGGGCUAUCUCGACUUUGGCACCACCCGUGUCUCGGAUGCCAACGUCAACCGAAGCCCGUCCGCGUACCUCGCCAAUCCCGAAUCCGAGAGAGCGCAGUAUACAGACGAUGUCGAUAAAACCUUGACGCUGCUGCGCUUCAAGAGAGCAUCUGAUGGCAAGAACAUUGGUGUUCUGACCUGGUUUGCCGUCCACCCUACCUCCAUGCAAGGCAACAACACCCAUGUCACUGGCGACAACAAGGGUCUGGCGGCCUAUCUGUUUGAGCAAUCCGUUAAGGGCGACGACCGGGCUGCUGACGGCUUCGUUGCCGGCUUCUCGCAGGCUAACGUGGGGGACACUAGCCCAAACGUCUUGGGUGCCUGGUGUGAGGACGGGUCUGGCCAGAUGUGCGACUUUUAUACGAGCACCUGUUCGGAUGGCACAGCUCAGUCAUGCUACGGCAGAGGCCCCAUGUUCCAUAAGUUGGACCUUGGCGUCUCCAGCUGCGCUGUGAUCGCCCAAAGGCAAUUCUCUGGGGCUAAGGAGAUUUAUGACUCGUUAGAUUCCACAUCGACAGCCGUUGUCGGACCUACUGUUCGCUCAUUCCAUUACUUCCAGGACAUGCAGUACUACACAUUUCCCCUGGAUAAUGGCACCAUUGUGCAAACCUGCCCGGCUGCUCUAGGACACUCAUUCGCCGCCGGAACCACAGACUGGCCCGGCCUAUUCGACUUCACCCAGGGUGAUAGCGGAGCCCCGGAUAACCCGCUCUGGUCGGUCGUGGGAGGCUUUCUCCGCGUUCCCAGCCCUGAGCAGAAGAAUUGCCAGGAACCAAAACCAAUCCUCCUUGAUGUUGGCGAGAUGAGUCUUCCCUACGCCUGGUCGCCCAACAUUGUCGAUGUUCAGUCCCUCCGCGUUGGGCAGUUCAUCGUCAUCGUAUCCCCAUCUGAAGCGUCCACUAUGGCUGGCCGGCGCUGGCGCAAUGCUGUGAAGGCUGCCGCGUUCGACUCGGGCUUGGCCGGGGAUCACGAACCGUUCGUCAUCCUCGGCGGCCCUGCAAACACGUACGCCCAUUAUGUGACCACGCCCGAGGAGUAUGCCGUCCAGCGGUACGAAGGCGCGAGCACACUCUACGGCCAGUGGGAGCUUCCGGCCUACAUUAACCUGACCCUGCGCGCCUUACCCUUUCUCGCCCCGACCGCGUCCGGCAGCCCGCCGCCCGGCCCCUCGCCUCCGGACAACCGUGAGAGGAGCCUCAGCUUCAUCACGGGUGUCGUCCAGGACAACGCGCCUCCGGGAACUAGCUUCGGCUCCGUCAAAACCCAACCCGCGAACUCCUACUCGCGCGGCGCCAUCGUCACCGCCACCUUUGUCGGCGCCAACCCGCGGAACAACCUCCGCCUGGAGGGUACGUUUGCGGCCGUCGAGAAAUUGGGCAGCGAGGGCAACACGUGGACGCAGGUGCUGAGCGACGCCGAUUGGCGGCUCGUGUACAGCUGGAAGAGGGCCAAUUUCCUGCUGGGCUACAGCGAGGUGACCAUCAGCUGGGAGACGGACCAGCAGCUGGACGCUGCGGGGACGUAUCGACUCAAGUACUAUGGUGACGCGAAGCCUCUGAUUGGAAAUAUCAGGGCGUUUACGGGGACGACGAACUCCUUUACUCUGUCAUGA